AUGGGUAAUUGUAAACCUAUAAUCCCCUCAGGUGAAAUUACUGGUGACCAUUUGGAUUCACUGUCUCCGACUGAUACGAGCGCCACUAUUCGCAACAAAGCCCAAUCGCGGGCAGGUUUGCAGAUAGCCUCCCCUCAAACUCUAAGCCUGCGGAACACUCUGAAUACAGGUUUACCGGCAUCCAAACUUUCCUUAUCCAGUUCAACCUUCUCUGAUGGCUCUGAAAAGAAAACUCCUGAAGUCUCAGAUACAAGUGCUGAUACGAUUGUAUCCGAUCAAGUCGAGAAGGAUAAACAAAGUAGUGCGGAUGUUUUGCUUGAUUGUCUUCUCCCUUCCUCAAUACUUCUUCCUACAUCGCCGUCAUCUAUGGAUUAUGGCACUGCUUUGGCUAAAAAUACCGACUCCGUCUCUAAUAUAUAUAAUUUUCCUGCCGCCGGAGCAACUGACGAACCACAGGACGAUUCAAAUCCUCCAAAUGACUCUAUUGAAUCGGUCUCUCACCCA